AUGAUUUCAAGUGCCGCUUACCUCAGGAAUCUUGCUAGCAGUCUCCAGCUCAAACAGCUCAUAACAUUUGUAAGGCAACAAGCCUUCAUUAAAGAGGUGAACUCCAUCCGCCACAAUUUGUCCCUGCACACACGUUUCAUCCGUGUGCAGAAUGAGGGAACUGGCAAGAGUUCCUGGUGGAUGCUGAAUCCUGAUGGAGGGAAGCUGGGAAUUGCUCCCCGUCGUAGAGCAGUCUCAGUGGACAAUGGCAACAAGCACUUAAAGAGCAAAGGGCGAGUGAACCGUAAGAAAAUGGCCAGGAAAGCAGAGCAGGGUACAGAGGCAUUUUUGGGGUUCUGUAGCUCUCCACAGCAUUGCAGUCCCACUAGGAAGUCUGGAACAGGUGGUGUGGUGGCUAGGGAGGAGUUUGAGACCUGGACAAAUCUCCAUUCACUAGGCAGCUCUUCAGCUUCAACUCUUAGUGGUCGUCUAUCACCAAUUCUAGCCGAGAGGGAAUUGGGGGAACCUGAAGCAGAGAGGAUAUCCUGUUCGGCAUCUCCACACCUGUACCCCAGUCCCUCUAGUGCCCACUCACCUGCAUCCCACCGUCCUGCAGAUCUCAGAGCAACAAUAAGCUACCAACAGCACCAAUCCCCAUGUCAUAAACAGCCUUCUUACCAAUACGCCAGUGAAAUGAAGGGCCAGGGCUCCAGUUGCGAGACAGUUUAUGGCCAGCCAGAUGUGGGCAUGCUUCAGCACAAUUCCUCCAUGCAGAAUAUUGAGGAGAACUCCAGUAAUAUGCAGGCCUACAAGGGCACAAGCACUCUCCAGAAUUUGCUGACCACAGGACCCCAGUUCCUUGUCAAGGACAUGAUACUUGGAAAAGAGAAUGGAGUCCACUCAAUGUUGGUUGCUCAAGGAUCCAGAGAUCUGCAUCACAGUGAGAAUAAUGACCCUACCACUAACCCUUCCUCCAAACCAUUUCACAGACAGAACAUCAUUCAGAAUUUGAGCAAGGACCAUCAGCCUGCAUCGGUCCACUCUCAGCCCAGUGAUGGACACAUGCAGUCGUUCAUACAUAAAGCCCCAUACCUAUAUAGCCCCACAGUCAAUGCACAUCUUCCAGCAUCCACCACGCUUCCCCCAAACCCUGCAGGCAUGCAGGGAAUCUCACAGGACACCUGCCAUCUUGCUACAGCUCCAUACCCACAAUCCCAUUCCUAUAUUUACACAGAUCCAUAUCAGCACAGUAUGGCAUAUGGACUGUACUGCCAACCUCAGGGGACGGGGACAGGUUACCACAACUAUCACCACCCUCAUCAGUUCUACCCACACGAGCGGCUGCCAGCAGACCUGGAUAUGGAUGUAUUCUACAGCAGCCUAGACUGUGACAUGGAGUCUAUACUCUUACAUGACAUUAUGGAAUCGGGAGAAGAGAUUGAUUUAAAUUUUGAUUCCUCACUGGUUCAAGGAAUGGGCAUGGGAUUUGGAUUUAUGGGUACACAACAGAGCCACAGCAAACAGAGCUGGGUUCCUGGAUAAAUGCCACAGAAUCAUCAAAGAAUGUUUUCUUAAGACAUUACUACCUACAGUACAUGCAAGCCAGCCAGCAGUGGAGUCCCAACACUCCAUCACAAUUCAGGGUGAAUACACUGUGCUGACACUGAAAUGAAAUCAAGAGAGAAAUCUCUCUUUUGAAAACUGACUUUGAAUUCAUGCUGUCUGUUUCUUACUGCUUGUAUGUCCAUGCUCUAUGUUGUGUGUCCAUGUAUUGAAAACUACUCUGUUACACUUUGUUCCAUUUGCUGUGAGUGAAACUCCUUUAGUUUUGCUGACUGAACCAUGAUGACAAUCUAAGCUGUUACCCAACACUGUUUUGUUCUUCAGUCA